AUGCCUGGUAUUGUCAUGGAUGGAAAUAAUGAGGAAGCAAUAGUGAAUGAAAUGAAUGACAAUUCUGUACCCAUUAAAGAAAAUGCAAUGUCAAAUAAAUCCCCCAGGAGCACAUUGAGUCCGCAAAGCCCUUGCAGCAACUCUGUAGAUCUUCCUGCUGGUGGUGUGCCUGUUGGUGAAUUGACUGUCGAUGAGGUGGUUGUUAAUGAGGUGGCUGCCGAUGAGACAAGUGUUCAUGGUGGGGUUGACACCUCCAUUGAGCAGCUUUAUGAGAAUGUUUGUGAUAUGCAGAGUUCUGAUCUGUCACCAUCAAGGCAUAGUUUUGGAUCUGAUGGUGAAGAGUCUAGGAUCGAUUCGGAGCUGCGCCAUCUUGUUGGAGGAGAAAUGAGAGAGGUCGAGAUAAUGCAAGAGGAAGAGGUAGACAAGCCAGAAAAUGAUACUCACAGUAAUUCCUCUUCUAAGAAGGGAAGUUCAUCUGGGAGUAAGAAGUCGGGAAAAUUGAACAAGAACCAAUCUGCAAGCAGCAAUUCCAUUUCUUCAAACACGUCAAAGAAAGACUCUCACAUAAUAUUGGACUCUGAAGCUUCAUCGAAGUUGAGUCCUAAGAGCAAAAGUCCUCCAGAGAAACCGCCGAUUGAUAAGCGAAAUGAUAAGAAUUUUAAAAAAGCUAAUGGAGGAGUCAAAUCAACAAAGAAGUGGAGGAAUUCUCCAUUGGGAGGAAAGAAGUUACAGAACGGAGUUGAGGAUUCCUCUGAUUCAGGUUUGGGUAAUCCAGAUCUGGGACGAUUUUUGCUAAAGCAAUCAAGGGAUCUAAUUUCUUCAGGGGAUAAUCCUCAGAAAGCUCUUGAGUUAGCUCUUCGAGCAUCUAAAUCAUUUGAAAUUUGUGCAAAUGGCAAACCCAGUUUAGAAUUAGUGAUGAGUCUGCAUGUUGUGGCCGCAAUAUACUGCAGCGUAGGCCAGUAUAACGAGGCAAUUCCUGUUCUUGAGCAGUCAAUUGAGAUUCCAGUUAUUGAGGAAGGCCAAGAGCAUGCCCUGGCUAAAUUUGCUGGUCACAUGCAGUUAGGUGAUACCUAUGCAAUGCUGGGCCAGCUUGAGAAUUCAACAAAAUGUUACACAACAGGGCUGGAAGUCCAGAAACAAGUCCUGGGAGAAACGGAUCCCAGAGUUGGUGAAACCUGUAGGUAUUUGGCUGAAGCACAUGUUCAAGCCUUACAGUUUGAUGAUGCUAAGAGGCUUUGUCAGAUGGCUCUAGACAUUCAUCGAGAGAAUGGUGCACCUGCUUCUCCUGAAGAGGCGGCAGAUCGGAGGCUCAUGGGUCUCAUUUGUGAGACAAAGGGAGAUCAUGAAGCUGCUCUUGAGCAUCUUGUUUUAGCCAGCAUGGCUAUGGUGGCAAAUGGCCAGGAAGCAGAGGUUGCUUCUGUUGAUUGUAGUAUUGGAGAUACUUAUUUAUCUUUGUCUAGGUAUGAUGAGGCUGUGUUUGCUUAUCAAAAGGCACUCACAGCUUUUAAGACCACAAAAGGAGAGAAUCAUCCAGCCGUGGCUGCAGUAUUUGUACGCUUGGCGGAUUUAUAUAACAAAACUGGGAAGCUAAGGGAUUCUAAAUCAUACUGUGAGAAUGCCCUUCGGAUUUAUGAAAAGCCCGCGCCUGGUAUCCCUCCAGAGGAAAUCGCAAGUGGUCUGACUGAUGUUUCUGCAAUCUAUGAAUCAAUGAAUGAGCUUGAGCAGGCCAUCAAGUUGCUACAGAAGGCAUUAAAAAUAUACAAUGAUGCCCCUGGUCAGCAGAGCACAAUUGCGGGUAUUGAAGCCCAAAUGGGGGUCAUGUACUACAUGCUGGGGAACUACUCUGAAUCUUACAACACUUUCAAGAACGCAGUCUCAAAGCUUCGUGCAAGUGGAGAGAGGAAAUCCGCUUUCUUUGGCAUUGCUCUUAACCAAAUGGGUCUUGCUUGUGUGCAGCGUUACUCUAUAAACGAGGCUGCAGAAUUGUUUGAAGAAGCCAAGAGUAUUCUGGAGCAAGAAUGUGGACCUUAUCACCCUGAUACUCUUGGGGUAUAUAGCAAUCUCGCUGGCACCUAUGAUGCCAUGGGAAGGUUGGACGAUGCAAUUGAGAUCUUGGAGCUUGUUGUUGGGAUGAGGGAGGAAAAGCUUGGUACAGCAAAUCCAGAUGUUGAUGAUGAGAAGAAGAGGUUGGCCGAGUUAUUGAAAGAAGCAGGCAGGGUUAGGAGCAGAAAAGGGCGGUCACUUGAGAAUCUCCUUGAUUCCAAUUCUCAUAGUAUAGACAAAGCUGGUAUCCCAGUAUUGUAAGGAUGAUGUAUACACACAUGUAUUUAAACUGAAUACGAUGUAUUAUAGGAUUUAAUUUAAGACCCUAGAAGAAAAUGACAAAAAAAAGAAAAAAGAAACAGAAAAGAAAGGUAUAGGUGGUUGAUGUUCUGCUCAGAUUGUUGUUUUGGUUGGGGGGGGGGGGGAAGUUGAAGAAAAUAACUGCUAUUGCAGAUUUGGGUUGUGUUAUUGAUCUGAUGAUUUUAUUUUUAUAUUUAUGAAAAGCUAUUCUAUUGUCUAAGUCUAAGUCAUCACUGUAAAUUCUUGGUUGUAUUACAAUGUUCACAAUCCAUGAUACCUCUCCUCUCUAUUGAUUCA